GAGCGUUUUGGGAGUGCGAGAGGAUGGCGUGGGGUGUGCGAUCGUCGGACGAAUCUGGGCUUGUGCAGCAAGCAUGAGCAUGCCGGGGACAAAUAUGGAUGGGAAUGCGCAGCAAAGAGAGACGCAAUCGUCGUCUUCGUCGUCGUCGUCGUCGUGGGUGGACCGUCGUAAAGGGGGGAUUACUACUGGGGAAGCUGAAAAGAGGCAGAGGAAGCAGUGGGAGUGGGAUGAAAGGCGGCGGCAGGAGGAGGAGGUAAAGGCGCGGAGCGUCGAUGCGAGGUCGACGCUUGGAGGAGGCGAUGUGGACAGGAUGAGCGGAGAUGAAGAGAAAUGUUGGAGAAGCUUGACCAGACUGCUGUGUACUCGACGAGCUAUCCUUUUGCUCUCCAACAAGACCAUCACCACUCGAGCGCAUGAGAACCUCUUGGAUCUGGCGUUGGAGCACAUUAUCCUGCUCGCCCAUCCGCUCAAAGCAGCUGCGGAGUGGAAGGGUCCGGACGGCGCGGAUGGCGCGUACUUGAAAGAGAUGAGAGGCGGCGGCACGGUGGGGAAGGAUGGACAUGAGGAUGGCGGUGGGAAUGGCAGUGUGGAAUUUGUGAGCUUGUCGGGCUUGAGAGGAAGUUGGCUUCGGACGAUGAAGCCGGUUGCGGGGGGGCCGCUUCGCCCCACGAACAGCUUGGAAGUGCGCUCCUUUUUAAACAAGGAGGACUCGCCUUGGAUCAGAGGGAUUUUGCACGGGGAUGAGAUGGAAGCUUUCGUGGCCAAUUUGCCUCCUCUACCCACCGCGUGCACUUCUGCGCCGACUUAUCCUCGCUUUGCGCUGCAAGGCGCUCCAAAAUCUCUCGGCUUACGCCUUGCUGCUACCUCCUCAGAAGCGCAAGGCGGAGCCAUGGGUCCGGAUGAGGAGACUGCAGGAUCUCCGACGAGCGUCGUUGGGUUCGACACUUCACUGCGCACAAAGGAGAGUAGGACUUUGGCGCCCAUGUCGAGCUUGUUCAAGAAUAGAUUGGAUGCCAGCUUCGUGGAGCAUGAUGCGAAGGAUGGGCGGCUAGAGUCGGGAGGAUCGAGAGAGAACUCUUUGGCCAACACUCUUGCGGCGCCCUCGCCCUUUUUGACGCCUACGACCAGACCGAGGAGCGCCACCUCCAGCUCUCGCACCAGCUCCAGCUCCAGCUCGCCAGCCUUGAUCCUCUCAGCGCCAUGCAAGGAUGAAGACGCCUCAUUGACACGCGACGAGAAAGAGUGCACCGUGCAUGUUGCGCUCCUGCAGGAAGAAGACGCGCUGGACUUUGGCAGGAAAAGCGUGCUCGCAACGCUAGGUGCGGAUAUGAGACGACGGCUGAGCGAUGAGCUUUCGCGCUGCGAGCCUGUCGACGCAUCGAGCAGCAGCAGCAGCAGCAGCAGCAGCAGCAUUUUGCCGCUCUUGGACAGGGAAAUCGUAGAGGUGGUGGUCAGCUUUGCGGCCAUCUUUUUGCCACCGACGACAUCUUCGUCCGCAUCUGAGCAGCUCGGGACGCCCCUCCAGCCUUCCGUUGCAUCCCAUCCAUCUCAACCCGAGGAAUUGGGAGAGUCGUUCCAGGAUCUUUGGGAAAGCUUGACAGGGCAGAUUGAUGGCAUGAUCAUCGCGAGGGGCCAGACGCACCUGUGCACGAACGAGGAGGCGCAGAGGUUGGAGGUGCAAAGGCUUUUGGAUGAGGUGGAACAUGCGCUGUGUGUGGAGGUGUACGAUCGCAUCUUUUGCCCCAUCCAUUCGGCUGAUGAGGCGCAGAACGCUUCUUUGAAACAACGCAUCGCUGCGCUGAAUGUGUUGGGCAUGAAUCUGGCGCAUUUAGGAUUGGACGUACGCGAAGAUGCGAGCUUUGAAAGGCACAAAGGUCAGGCUGUGCGCGAUGCGCUACACGACCUGACCAAGAGGUGUGGGGCAGUGCUUUGCACCCUCAACGAUAUCAGCUGCAGAGCGCCAAAGAAAAAGUUGGACGUACUCCUUGCUGCUCAUAGAUUGCUUGUGGAAGGUCUUGAAGACUUGCCGCGCUUUCGACUAAAAGAAGAUGCGGAUGCGGACGUGGUCGAUGGAGCAAAAGCCGAGAUGAUCGACGCGAAGACUUUGCAAGGAGAGAUCCAGGAGCCCGCCACGCUCCAGACCAAAGACGAACUGGGGCAAGCCGCAGAUGCGCGAAAUCGACCGUCGACAUCGAGCACGGAUCUGAUCCUUCCGUUGCUCAUCCAUUCGAUCAUCAGCACCUCGCCUCCGCAACUCGCCGCUCACUUGCUCUACGUAGAGAGGUUCAGACCGGCCUCGCUCAUUCGUGGCGAGAGCAGCUACUGCCUCGUCAAUAUGCAAGCUGCAGUCACAUUCUUGCAAAAUGUGCAGCCUGAAACGUUGGGUUUGCAAGGUGCAGAUUUGAUCGCCUUUCCAAAGCCGAACACUUCUCUGUCGAACGGCGGUGCAGCACAAACUGCGAGUGCGAGAGUGCUGAGCAGCCCAUCAGCUGCUACGCCCAUGCCCAUGCGCUUUAGAGGUCGCGUAGCACAGGAGAUCGGAGAGCUAGCUGGCAUGUCCAAUCGGGUCAUUACUGGAGUGAUGGGCAGUAGCAUCUCUGCAUUUGGCCGAAUGAUGGGCUCUAGCCCUGCGAGCGCACAGCAAUCGCCACUUGCGCUCCUCUCGCAGUCGCAAAGCGAUGCGCGCGCAAACGUUCAAGAUGCCUCGCACGCUUUCACCACUCGCCAGCCAUCGAGUGGCCUGACCAACUCGCUGAGAAGUUUCGCACGCGUGCACGACGGUUCGAAUCGAGGCGCAGGUAGCGCAGCGGCCGCUUCUUUGCAGAGCGUCAAGGAUGCUUGGACAGGCAGCGCGGGCUCGGGUGGGAGCGAUUAUGGUCGCGAUGCGUUCGCAAUGCCUUCUCAUUCGGAUGCGAGAGCUGUUCAGCCUGACGUGGCUAGCAGCAGCAGCUUCUCGCCUCCACUUGCACACCCCGCUUCUUCUUCUCCUGCCAAUGGCAUCAACCUGCAAGCUGGAGAUCGCAUGUCCUUUGGACAUCGACUGGCCUCUAUACCUGUGCUCAACAGACUUGGACUGGGCUCUUCGCCCUCGUUGAGCAGCGUCGCGCUCCCCUCGUCUUCUCAGCAGAGCACAUCACCCAUCAAAACAACUCGAGAAUUGCCUGGUCCGCCACCGCCCGAUAAAUUCGCCAAAAGGCAGGGGAAGAGCAAGAGUUUGGCGACAGAGCUGUCCAACUCUGCCCUUGCUGCGCCCGCCCAACGCGCAUCUGGGCCUCCUAUUAACCGAUCUGGCAGUCCAGAGCCGUACGGCUCAAAGAUACCUGCCUCACUCCAGUCCCCUUAUCCUCCGCUGUCUCGACCUCCAACGUCUUACAGACCGCUGCAUGUCGUGCUUGCGAGCACAGGCAGCGUGGCCAGCAUCAAGGUACCUUUGAUCGUGGAUGAGUUGCUCAAGCACGACAAUGUUCGGGUUCAGGUGGUCGCUACUUCGUCUUCGCUGCAUUUCUUCAAAGCGAGCGACAUCUUUCAUCUCAAUCGGGCGAGCGUACCGAGCGUGGACGACUCGAAAGAUGAAGGGAAGGAGGAGCUGGCAAAAAGCGAACGCUAUUCAGUACAAGACCUCGCGGCGGAAAAUCGGGCGGCUGUGCGCGGAACGAUGCCGGCAGAUGCAGAUCAACCACGAGCGCACGUUUGGACGGACGUGGACGAGUGGGAUCAAUGGAAGCGCGUCGGUGACCCCAUCCUGCACAUCGAGCUGAGGAGGUGGGCAGAUAUCGUGCUCGUCGCUCCUUGCAGCGCCAAUACUCUUGCGAAAAUCACAGCGGGCAUCUGCGACUCGUUACUGACCUCCUUUCUGAGAGCGCUCUCUCCGACAACCCCGACGGUGCUGUUUCCGGCAAUGAAUACGCUGAUGUACAUGCAUCCUCUGACGGCUCAUCAACUCGCCUUGGCAAGCACCACGCUCGGGUACGAAGUGGUGGGACCCAUCUCGAAGAUGCUAGCUUGCGGAGAUCUCGGUCAAGGAGCGAUGACGGAAUGGACGGAUAUUGUCCAGCUGGUUGUGCGACGCUUUGGCCUGACUAGAUCUCGCGCGGCCCUGCACGAAUAAAGACUGCUGCCUCGACUCUCACCCACUCGACUUCGACUUUUGGCCCCCUCCCCCGCGCCCCCGCCCGCCUUCUUCUAAAGCCUUGCAGCAGCAAGGCGGACACUGCUGCUCCUUCUCUUCUGUGCCCCAAACCAUUCUACCGCUCGAUGCCCCCUCUUGCGCACGCAAGUCGUCUCUUGCAGACCGAAUGCGCACCAACAUGGUGCCCUGUAAUUUAUCC